AUGCAUCAACAACAUGUUAAUGACCAAAGCAGGGCUGCGACGACCAUAAAAGCUAUCCCAAGAGUCCAGGGACAUUCCCAUUAUCACCAAAAUGAUGGCCAGAUAUUAUUACACAAUUUUUUCCCGGCGAGACGCAGGCCCCGGGCCCGGGUCGCGCCCUGGGUUCGGGACGAAAGGCGGGCCGCUCGGGACGCCACGUCGGGAGACCUGCUGGCCCGUUCCCGGGACCCCGCACGUCCCGAUGGGACGCAGGAAGGGCCGUCGCCACCCGACCCGUACCGGGACCGCCAUGCCGAGGCCCGGGGCCGCCCGAAAGGUCGACGCCAGGAGGAGGGGCCAGGUCCCCGCCCGACAGGUCCCGGAGACGCCAGGCGGGCCGUCGCCCAAGCCCUGUCCCAGGGACGGGAGCCUGGCGGGCCGUCGCCCGCCCCGUCCCACCGGGACGCCAGAGGCCGCGCCCCGCCCAGUCCGGGACGGGCAGGCGUGCCGUCGGCCGGGCCCGUCCGGGACGCAGGCGGGCCGUUCCCGCCCUCCGCCCGUCCCGGGACGCCAGGGGGCCGUCGCCCCGCCCGUCCGGGACGGAUGGCGGGCCGUCGCCCGCCCGUCCCGGGGAAGCAGGAGGCCGCCGUCGGCCCCGGGCCCGUCCCGGGGACGCAGGCGGGCCGUCGCCCGCCCGUCGGACGCCAGCGGGCGUCGCCCGCCCAGUCCAGGGAACGGCGAAGCCCGGGCGUCGCCCGGGCCCGUCCCGGGACGGCCAGGGGCCGGGCCGUCGCCCGCCCGCUCCCGGGACGCCCUGGCGAGGCCGUGCCCGGGCCCGUCCCGGGGACCUGGCCGGGCCGUCGGCCCGGGCCCGCCCCGGACGCCCUGGCGGGCCCGUCCGCCCGCCCGUCCCGGGACGCCUGGGGGCCGCGGACCGCCCGUCCCGGGACGGGCCUGGCGGGCCGUCGCCGCCCCGUCCGGGACCUGGCCGGGGGCCGUCGCUUCGCCCGUCCCGGGACCUGGCGGGCCACGGCCCGCAGGCGUCCGGGACGGGCCGGGCGGCCGUCGCCCGCCCGUCCCGGGGACGCCUGGCGGGCGCCGCAACGCCGUCCGGGGACGACUGGCGGGUCCGCCGCCCGCCCGUCACCGGGACGCAGGCGGGACGUCGCCCCGCCCGUCAGGGACGCCUGGCGGGCCGUCGCUUCCCGCAAGUCCCGGGAACGCCAGGCGGAGCCGUUCGCCCCGCCCGUACCCGGGACGCAGGGCGGGGCCGCCGCAACGCCCGUCCCGGGACGCAGGGGGGCCGCCGCCCGCGGGGUCCCGGGACGCCUGUGCGGUGUGGCCGGCGCACCUACCCAUCCCGGGGACGCCCAGGGGGCCGUCGCCCUCGUCCCGGGACGGGCCCAGGCGGGCCGUCGCCCUCCGUCCCGGGGACGCCCGGCGGGCCGUUUCGCCCGCCCGUCCGGGACGCCUGGCGGGCCGUCGCCGCCGUCCCGGGACGCCUGGCGGCGUCGCCCGCCGUACCGGGACGCCGGAGGGCCGUCGCCAGCCCGUCCCGCGGACGCCUGGCGGGCCGUCGCCCGCCCGGUCCCGGACGGCCAUUGGCGGGCGUUCGCUUUCCCGCCGUCCAGGGACGCCUGGCGGGCCGUGCACGCCCGUCCCGGGGACGCACUGGAGGGCCGUCGCCGCCGUCCGGGACGCCUGGCAAGGCCGUCGCCCGCCCGUCCCCGGGACGCCUGGCGGCGCCUCGCCGCCGUCCCGGGGAAGCCAGGCGGGCAGUCGCCCGCCCGGGACCCUGGCGGGCCGGGUCGCCCGCCCGUCCGGGACCGGGCCGGGCCGGGUCGCCCGCCCCGCCCGGGGACGGCCGGGGGGCCGUCGCCCGCCGGUCCCGGGGACGCCUGGCGGGCGCGCCCGCCCGUACCCGGGGACGCCUGGCGGGCCGUCGCCCUCCCGUCCCGGGACGCCAGGGGCCGGGUUCCCGCGCCCCGUCCCGGGACCGCCAGGGGGCCGGGCCGCCCUCGCCCGCCCGCCCGGGACGCCUGGCGGGGCCGUCGCGCCCGUCCCGUCCCUGGGACGACGGCCAGCGGGCCGUCGCCCUCCCGUCCCGGGGGAUGCGGGUUUUCGGGGCCGCCGCCCGUCCCGGGACGCCUGGAGGGCCCCCGCCGCCCGCCCGAGUCCCGGGACGCCUGGCGGGCCGUCGCCCGGCCCGUCCCGGGACCCCGGCUCGGCGGCCCGUCGCCCGCCCGUCUCGUGGACGCCUGGCGGGGCCAUCGCCCGCCCGGUCCCGGGACGCCUGGCGGGCCGUCGGCCCGCCCACGUCGGGCCUCGGCCCGGGCCCGUCGCGACCGCCUCCGGGACGCCUGGGCCCCGUUGCGCCCGCCGGUCCCGGACCGGGCCAGGCCGGGCGUCCCGGGCCCGCCAGGGGGUCCCGACGCCCAGGCGGGCCGUCGCCCGCCCGACGGCAGGACGGCCUUCGCCCACGCCGUCCCGGACGCCAGGCCGGGCCGGGUCGCCCAGCCCGGUCCCGGGACGCCAGGCGGUCCUCGCCCGGGCCCUCCCUAUAGAGAGUAA